CCGUGUUUUACGCAGCUUAAGUUUAAGCAACUUCGAUGAACAGACUGAGACAUAUUUUCCGUGGGAAGAGACGGAGGCGUGAUCAUGAACCAGCCCAACGCAGUGCUCCUCCGGAGCGUCUUCAGUUUAAUCUUCCUGUGGAUUUUCGCACUGCUGAUGUAGUCUACGCAGUGCCUCCAGUCCAAAUAUCUAUGCCGACGGAGAAACCUCUAGAUCCUCCAGUUCCGUUUCGGCAGCAGCGGUCUAAAAGUUAUCCUAACCUUGAUAUUUUUAAAGAGGCUCGUCAAAUUGGAGGAGAAGACGAUAACGAACAUGAAUCAAUUCCUGUGGAAAUCGUUGCUCGAGGCCCUAAGGCCCUCGAAGCUUACCAUCGAGCCAUCGAAGAAGGAAAAACUAGUGUGAAAAGAGUGCCAAUCAUGUUCAUUGGGCAAGGUCAGUCAGGAAAAACAAGUUUAAAGAGAUCACUUAUAGGAGAGGAAUUCAAUCCAGAAGAAUGCAGAACUAUAGGCAUCGAAACAGAUCCUUCCUAUUGUAAAGUAUCAACGGAAGUUUGGAAAAUGGGAGAGGCAACCCACGAAAGAGAUUCGAGCAUGGAGCCAAUCUCUUUUGAAAAACACACAGCUCAAUAUAUUGUUAGCAGCCUCGAGAAAAACGAACGAAGAAAAGAACUCAAGCCUAGCCCAUCUCGUUACGACAAUGUACCUGAGAAGAAAGGAGGUCCGUCUUCCCUAAAUAAUAAUUGUGUAUCAUCCGGUGCACCAAAGGUUAAAGCCGUGCCAGAAGAAAUAGCAUCAUUAGUUAGCAGGCUACUUCAAGUUGUGCGCGUUGACGAAGACAAAGAUGAAAUCUUUUCAACUUUGUGGGAUUUUGGCGGGCAGUCAGUUUAUUAUUCUACCCACCCACUUUUUCUAACAAGAGGGGCAAUUUACCUUUUGGUUUAUAAUCUCAACCGAGAUCCAGAGGAGAAGUCUAUAUCUCGAGUAAAGCGAGGACUAUUCAAGUCUAUCAAAGACGUUCUUUCUAAGAAGAGUAAUAUGGAUUAUCUCAACUUUUGGAUGUCCUCAGUUUCUAGUUUGGUUCCAAACAGUGAGAAGCCUCACGAAACCCCUUCAACUUCCAUGCAACCAGAACUGCUGCAGCCCCCAGUUAUUCUGGUCUUUACCCAUGCUGACAAGCCGUACAAAGGUGCAGAUCCUGAAGAGCUUGCAAGUGAGAUUUUUGGCAAUUUGCAGGAAAAAAGUUAUGGUAAACAAAUUCUGGACUUCUUUGUCGUAGACAACACUAAAUCUGGGAGUAAGGUUGAAUGUGAAGAGGUUAUUCGCUUGAGGAAAGAGGUGCUUGACAUUGCCAAGAAGCUGCCUCAGAUGAAAGAGGUUAUUCCAAUCAAAUGGCUGAGAUUUGAAAAGGCUCUAAAAGAGACGGUUGAGCACGGAAGCAAAUGGAUUUACAUCGAAGAUGCGGAAAGAAUUGCACGUGAGGUAUGCGGAAUUUCCAACGAAGAGCAGUUUUUAGCUAUGUUGAACCUCCUACACGACCAGAGAAUUUUGAUUCAUUUUGACGACACCCGAGAGUUAAACAAAAUCGUUAUUUUGGAUCCACAGUGGUUGAUAGACGUGUUCAAGGAGGUGAUUACUAUUCCGCCCUUCAAGAAGAGUAAAAAGGAACAUACAGAACAGUGGAAAAAGCUUGAGAAAAGGGGAAUCUUGGAAAAGCGACUCUUAGAAGACUUGUGGGAUCCUCUUCUUGACACCCGAGAAAAUUUUGACGUCGACAGUCUUAUCAACAUGAUGGAGAAAUUUGGUUUGUUAUGCCCUUGGCCGUCGUCUGACGAGAGUGGGUCACCCAGUGAGUAUCUUGUACCUUCCAUGUUGAUGUCCCCCCCGAAGAAUGUCACCGAUUUGUUUUCGUCUGCGGGUAUUCCAUCCCUUUUUGUGAAGUUUAAAUCGGGUCAAUUGCCAAUUGGACUAUUUCCUCGCCUAGUCCUGAUGGUCAUGCAAUGGUGCACACGGGAAGGUCUCAACCAAGAGUACCCUAAACUGUAUCACAAUUUCGUCAGGUUUUACACACACCCAGCUAAAGGCAUCUCUUUGAUCCUUCUCUGCCGUUCCUCUUUCAUUGAAGUUGUCGUUCAUCAUGGGAAGUGCAAGGCAGGGGCUUCCGAGAAUGAAAGGAUGAAUCUACCAUCUGUACUUAGCCAAGACACUCCCCAAGUAGAUUUUGCUCGUAUUGUGUGCCGACAACUGGGACUGAUUCUCGAAUGCAUGCGGAGGGAGUUUCAUUGGUUAAAGAACAUGGCUUACGAAAUGUCAGUUUGCUGUCCAAUUUGUUGCACAAGAAAGACAGUGAAAUAUUGUGACACCCAUUGUGUAAGUGACUGCAAAGAGGAAGAAUGUCUGCACUUCUGGUCAGAGUCACAGUUGCUUGAUUGUCAAAGGCCUGUUGUAUGCACCAGGCGUGUUGAUGCUGGAGAAUACAGGGUUGCACUUGAGCCCUUCGCAUCAUGGUUUCCAAUUUUACAUAAAACGAGAGUCACUGGCGAGGGCAACCAGGAAUCAGCUUUACCUUAUACGGAAGGGGAAGGCGAACAAGCCCUUGUCCUCCCCGAUGGGCUGGUUCAAGCCCUUCAGUUGAGGACAAGCAAUGCAGACGAUGUUGUUGCUCUAUUUCACAAAAGUUUAUCAUUGGACCUAGCAUCUUUAGAACAGCCAGAUCCAGAGACAAAGCGUCAAAUUCGCUGCAUUUGUUUAAAAGCCAAAUCUACAGAUAGACUUGAUGUUGUAAAACGAUUACGAGAGAUAGUACCUGCUGGUACAACAGGUCCUUUGUUGCCUGAUAUUUGCGACGUUGCAAAUAUUCCCAAUAUUCAAAGAUUUAAUUUGACAAUUGCCUUGAGUGGUGGAGAUGAAUGGAAAUUAUUGGCGGAGCGACUGGGUUUGAGUCCGACAGAGAUCCGUUUCCUUGACAACCGACUAAUAAAUCCUUGUGACGCCGUGUUGGCUUAUGCUCGAGAUAAAGACUUCAUACGCAGUGUGGGAGAAUUAUACGAUAAGCUUGUAAAAUGUAACUUCCCCGUUUGCGCCGAUUUGCUCUAAAGACUAACUUGGAAUCGCUGCUGUCUAAACUUUUGUUUUCCUGUCGUGAAUUCAGAACGACUUCUCCUAUCUUUGCUGGAACUUACCAUUUUUUUAGUGGUUAAUUCAUAACGCAUGGCAGAUUUUAGAACAGGAAUGGCUCAAGCCUAGUUAAUUUUUUUUCAUGUUUAAAGUGCCAUUACUUUCGUGAAGUAAACGGCAAGUUAAAUCACCUCGGUGUUGAGAUCAUUUUUAUUACUUCAGAAUAUCGGCUGAUGUUUAUGGUAAUUGUUAUUGUUUUACUUAAUUUCUCAAAGAAAAUUUAACACCAUUAUACUAUACCAAGCUUAAUUUGAUACAAUAGACAGUGAUGCAAAGUUAUUCUUCAUAAGAAUAUCCUUUAAUGCAAAGUCUCAAUUCGAGAGUUCCAGGGCUUAGAAAAUUACAUAGUUGUCAGUAUAAGUGUAUUAUAACUGGCUGCCAUGCAGGUGAAUCUGAAAAAGUCAACAAAAGCCAAUUGCAUUUAGAACAAGGAGCCAGGAUCCUGCCUAAGUGAAACAAUUAGUUUAGGGUAUCGACAUACGCAGCGACAGGAUCUUAUAUAUCGGUAAACCAUGUUAUUUUUGUAAAUGUUAUCGUGAUAUGGCAUCUCAAUUGCGAAUGAAGUGUAGGUAAAACGAUUAUCGCCUAUAGAAGAAGAGUCACGUCAAAAAACAAUUAAUGAAUUUUAAAAGAAAAAAGCUCUCUCUUUUUUCUACGCAAGCCUACUCUCAAAUUCUUUUAUGAUCACGGUUACCAGAAGCGAUGUAGGUAGUAUUUCAGUUGUAGGAUUAACCAAGUUUUAAAUACCUACAGCCUUUUGUUUUAUUAAAUGAUCAUUGAUGUGUAAUUGAUAUGUUUUAAUUUGCUGGCGUAGAUUUUUAGAAAUCACAA